AUUUACCAAGAACCCUUUCAAUUGAAGCAAAUAUUGACCAGGUGGGACGACUGUGACCAACUGUUUACUGUCUCCGGUGAAGGGACUGCGCAUUCGCAUGCAACUUGUCCUCUUCCCUACAGGUAUCUACGCGAUGUAGGAGACACGGAGGGAAGCUCUCAGUUUUUUCAUUGCCGUGAAUUUCUUUUCCGAUUUCUUCGUUUGUUUACCAAGAAAAUGAGAGAUUGGAAAAUACUGAUCUUGUGCGGUUAGCUCUCCAUCAACUAAUUGCUCGUGGGUUGUGGCUUUCGAGAUUUUGUUUUGUUUAAAAUGGGUGAGGAUACAAAAAACUCGAAUGGAGAAGGUUCCUCGGCUCGUGGUGAUUCAAAAGCAUUAGUUCCGAAGGCCGAGAAUUUGGAUUUGGAGAUGCCCUCCGAGACCACGCACUCAAGGCCUCAUGGGGAUUCCGUUCCAAGUUUGCCAGAAAAAAGUAUCAGAGAUGCAUUUAUAGGGAUGGGAUUCUCACCAUCUCUAGUUGAUCAAACUAUGAAAGAAAUCGGUGACGAAAAUGCCGACUUGUUGUUGGACACCCUCAUGGCUUCUUCUGGUCUUCAAAGUUCAAGCUCUGAAUCAUCAGAUUCUUUGGAUAGUUUGUUUGAUGACGAGGAUUCAAGUGGUCCUCCACAAUUUUCUUCAGGUGUUUUACGAAAGGAGGAGCCUGAUGUUGUCAGUGUGAAUGAUUACAAAAGAGAAUCUUUGCUAAGCAUGAAUUUCUCGGUAAAUGAAGUCAACUUUGCAAUGGAUAAGCAUGGUCAAGAUGCUUCAAUCAGUGACUUGGUGGACUUCAUCACUGCCAAUCAAAUUGCUGUGAAGCAGGAAAGGGAAACAGAUGAUAUGCCUCCCCAUGUUGCAGUGAAUAAUGAGGUUGAUUGUAAUGAUGAAUCCUUAUUUGGGACUAUGGAGAAAACACUUCGUUUACUUGAGAUGGGUUUCUCUGAGAAUGAAGUUUCAUUAGCAAUUGAGAGGCUUGGUUCAGAAGCUACUAUUCAACAGCUUGCGGGAUCAAUUUGCGGAGAUCCGAUUGGUGGACACAAUUUGGGCAAAGCUAAGCUUUCCUCCAUGGUGUCUAGUUCCAGCCAUUCACAGUUUGCAAAGAAUCAUGCAUCUUUUGGAAUGCGGGAUGAAGCUGGCCGAAGACGCACUACAUAUGAUCCCUUUAAAAUAAAAACUGAGAAUAUCAGCUUAGAUACUGUCUCCAAUUCCACAACUAUUAUCUCAAGCGAAACCUAUAAAGGGAAAAGACCAAAAGAAGAAUGCAGGGAUGAUUUUCCAGCUACAGUUUAUCAGUUCAGACAUAAAAGUCACUUUGAGGAAAAUGAGGGUGGGAAAAGACCUAAACAGGAGUAUGGUAAUGACUCAGGCUAUUAUGUUGAACCUACAUGGCUAGAGGAGAAAGUCGACCCUACAAUCACCAGAUUCGGAACACCCAAUGUAUUCAAAUCCAAGCCAUGCAGGAGUCUUGACCAUGUGGUGGCUAAUCCUCCUUAUUUCUUUUAUGGGGAUAUUGUGAACGUGUCUGACAAUGUUUGGACCAAAGUAUCCAAGUUCUUGUAUGCAAUUGAGCCUGAAUUUGUGAACGCUCAAUUCUUCUCUGCAGUGUGUAGGGAGGAAGGUUACAUACACAAUCUUCCUACUGAAAAUAGGCUUCACAUCCUUCCUAAACCACCAAUGACAAUUCAAGAAGCAAUGCCGCAUACAAAGAAAUGGUGGCCAUCUUGGGAUGUUAGGAAGCAUGUCAGCUGCAUUAAUUCUGAGAUGAAUGGAAUACCGCAGCUGUGUGAUAGGCUUGGAAAGAUUUUGAGCAAUUCUCAAGGAAUGCCUUCACCGGAACAGCUAAGAGACAUCCUUCGUCAUUGCCAAAAAUCGAAUCUUGUGUGGAUUGGGCCAUACAAACUGGGGCCAUUAGAUCCUGAACAUUUGGAACGCAUUCUAGGCUAUCCUGCAAAUCACACUCAAUCACCUGAGAGUAGUUUAACAGAGAGACUGGAGUCAUUGAGGUAUUGCUUCCAGACUGACACUUUGGGAUAUCAUCUCUCUGUCUUGAAGUCUAUGUUCCCGGAAGGAUUGACAAUUUUAUCACUCUUUAGCGGUAUUGGUGGAGCCGAAGUUAGUUUAUACCGUCUUGGUAUCCAUUUGAAAGGUGUUGUAUCAGUAGAGACUUCUGAAGCAAAGAGAAGGGUUCUUAGAAGAUGGUGGCAUAGUAGUGGGCAAACUGGGCAGUUGGAACAAAUUGAGGAGAUUCAGAAGCUAACAGCUAGCAAGAUUGAGACACUGUUUGAGAAGUUUGGUGGCUUUGAUUUUAUUAUCUGUCAGAACCCUUGCACUCUCUCUGCAAAAAGUUCUAAGGUGGAGCCCCGUGCUGGAAAUAUGCCAGGUUAUGACUCGUCUAUAUUUUAUGAAACUUUGUUUUUUGAAUUUGUUCGAGUAUUACAACGUGUAAGGGGUAUGAUGGGAAGGAGGAGGUGACAAAUCUUUCCCAUCUUCCAUGGUCAUGUAGGUACAUUGAAUUUCUCGGAUGAUCCGCAAUUUAUCUUCUCUGGGAGGAGAGUUUUUUUUUUUUUAAAUCAUGGACAGAAUAAUUCCCUUAGUUUUCAUAGAAGGAAGAAAGAAUAAAUGCGGAUCAGUAGAAAAUUUACAUUAGUUUCAAUUAGUAAUGAUUCAUCUUUCCAGUAUAGAUGAAAACAUAGUUAGCUUC